CAUUGCCAAACUUGCAGCAGCGAUUGCAGCAGUUGCUGCCGCUGCGCCGCGCCUGAAGCCGCGCCGCGCGGGCCGAGGGCUCCUGCAGCUGCUCGCGCGGAGGCGGAGAAGGACGAGGACCUAGACUGACACUUCUGCUGCCGGUCGGCUGCCACUUAACGAGGUCCCCUAACCCGGUGUCAGCGCAACGCCGUUUUUUUUUUUUUUUUUUUAAAGCAGCCCUUAGCCCCCUCCUCCCCUUUCCUGUUUCUGCGAGAACUCCCUCCCUCCCUCCAGCUCGGUCAGCCGAAGCGCCCCUUCCCUGGAAGCCGAGCGGCUUCGCCCGCAUUUCGCCGCCGCCGCCUCUCCCAAUAUUGCAAUAUAGGGGAAAAGCAGACCAUGGUGAAUCCGGGCAGCAGCUCGCAACCGCCCCCGGUGACGGCCGGCUCCCUCUCCUGGAAGCGGUGCGCAGGCUGUGGGGGCAAGAUUGCAGAUCGCUUUCUGCUCUACGCCAUGGACAGCUACUGGCACAGCCGAUGCCUCAAGUGCUCCUGCUGCCAGGCACAACUGGGCGACAUCGGCACGUCCUGUUACACCAAGAGCGGCAUGAUCCUUUGCAGAAAUGACUACAUUAGGUUAUUUGGGAAUAGUGGUGCUUGCAGUGCUUGUGGACAGUCGAUUCCUGCGAGUGAACUCGUCAUGAGGGCGCAAGGCAAUGUGUAUCAUCUUAAGUGUUUUACAUGCUCUACCUGCCGGAAUCGCCUGGUCCCGGGAGAUCGGUUUCACUACAUCAAUGGCAGUUUAUUUUGUGAACAUGAUAGACCUACAGCUCUCAUCAAUGGCCAUUUGAAUUCACUUCAGAGCAAUCCACUACUGCCAGACCAGAAGGUCUGCUAAAAGGUCAGAGUAAUGCAGAAUGCGUGCCUUCAUCUCAGAUUUCGUUCAUCACAGGUGGAUCCCAUGUGUCUUCAGUAGACAAGUCACCUUUGUAGCUAGCACCAGUGCCAGCUCCAUGCCAUUGCACCUUCUUUAGUCUUGAUUGCCCUUCUCGCAUUUAUUGGUGUAUUAAAAUGACUGAAUAUGAACAUUAAGGACUCCAUGAACCUGGGCUAAUGGGAGACUGUAGAGAAAAUGAAAAAAGAUCCACCGGAGGACAUCUUUGGGGGAGGGAGGGAGCUUGGGGGGAGGGAAAUGACUAAUGAAGCUAAUUAAAAGAAGCAUUCAAAUCUGCUUUCUACCCUCAUUAACAAUUAGCAGGGCACUGGCCAGAGUUUGUACCCUGUGUUUUACCUUAACAACAUUCUAUUUGCUCUUUGUAUAUUUAAGUGUUGUAAGGAAAUGUGUUUCAAUCAAAACUGAACAUGAGAUAAAGGAAAGAGAUGUGGCUUUUGUGAUAUUCUAUCACAAACACUUUUAUUGUAUCUCUGUAAAAUACAAUGUAUGUAUGCAUGUAAGUGUUUUUGUCCUAAUGUUGCUACUCCCAUGGCAAAGAAAAAGAGAAAAAGAA